ACAUAUGGGCUUCUGUUUAAUGGAUUUGUUUAUUUAGCUAGCUUGUCUCUUACUGUAAAUCUCAGCUGGUUGCUGUUCCUGGUCUCAUUAUUUAUGGCGAGAUGUUCUGGGAUUAUGAAACUUGCUGUUUUAAACUUAUGUAUGAGGCUUAGAAAGAUUUUGAUGCAGGAAAAAUGAUGAUCAGAAAGGGAAGUCCAUCAAAGAAGAGAAGGACAAAGAAACAGGCUUUUCAUGGUAUUUUGAAGGGCACCCAUUCUUCAGAAUUUCUAGACUCUGACCUCGUACUACAAGUCUCUAAGGUUUACAUGAAGGGUGGUUCGAUUUCAAAAUCUGGUUCUGUUCAGAAGAUUCUCAGGAGAGUGACGAAGCAUCGUGCAGCCAUGGCAGUAGUUGUGGAAACAAACCUGGAAAACUCUCCAAGGAAACGGCUUUCGGUGGGUAGAUAUGAUGCUGGUCAAUUGCCGGAAAUGAUCAUUCUUCAGUCUGUUCAUGAUGGGAGGAUGAUAUUCACAGGGAGCUUGCUUCGCCAGAUAGAAGGCCUCGAGUUGAAUUCAGGACCUGAUUUUGAUCUUGAAAACCAUAGCAGUUCAAGAGAAGCCAGGGCCUCUGCCUUCAGUGAAAUCAAAUCCUGUGCCAUUCAAAGCUCUGAAGAAUUUUCAAGAAAUGGUAUUGCUAGCUUAAAAGAUGGAAAUGUAUGCCAGAAGAAAGUUACCCUGAAAUCGAUUUCUGUGAUCAGAAAAGAGCUUCCAGAAUCAAAUCUCGGUUGGCCUCUCCUUCCAAGAACUACAACUCUGAGUAAAGAAGCAUUGAGAAAAUCAAAAGCAAGAAGUCUGUCCCUGAUAGAAAGGGUCAUGAAUCUACCUACUCGAUCCUUUGACAUGACAAUGGAAAAGCAAGCUGAUUCAGAUUCUGCUGAAGAGAACAUAUCCUUGGAUGCCAAAACAGAAGAUUCCAAUAUCUCUGAAAAUAAAUCAGUUGAUGGAAGCAGCAAUAGAGAAGAUGAGGGGCGUGGUCUUCUGCAAGAAAUCUCUUCGAGUUCAGUUUCUGCAUUAACAGAAGAAUCGACACAGUUUAAAUUUGGUUGGCCUCUCCUUCGCAUAAAGACUUCUGCAACUGUAGACGCUUUGGAAGAAUCGACACAAGCUUCUCCUAAAUCCCAAAUUAAUAUGCCUUUCAAAGAAGCAGAAGCUUUAGCAGGAAUAAGAGAGCUGCCAUUAAUGAAGCUGGAACUUUUUCUCAGAUUGAAGUCAUCUGGCUGCAAGCAGUUCAGCUACGAGGAGCUUGCGAGAGCAACCCAUAAAUUUUCCUCAGGAAACUUGAUUGGAGAAGGAGGAUGCAGCAAUGUAUAUAAGGGAUCCCUUCAUAGAGACAAGCUAGUGGCAGUAAAGGUUCUAAAACAGUACAAAGAAGCUUGGAACGACUUCUCCUUGGAAGUAGAGAUUGUGUCUUCAUUAAAGCACAAGCACAUUACACAUCUGCUAGGUGUAUGCAUUGAAGAUAAUCAUCUAAUUUUGGUAUAUGAUUUCUUGUCCAAGGGAAGCUUAGAGGAAAGAUUAAAAGGUCACAAUGAGAAGUCUAUGACGCCCUGGAAAGUGAGGUUCAAAGUGGCCAUUGCAGUUGCUGAAGCUCUAAAUUAUCUGCACAAUGGAUGUUCUCCCUCAGUUAUUCACAGAGAUGUGAAGUCCUCUAACAUUCUCCUCUCUGAUGACUUUCAACCACAGUUAUCAGAUUUCGGGCUUGCGACAUGGGGACCUAAAGAUACAGCCUACAUGUCCAGCAGUGACAUUGUUGGAACUUUUGGAUAUAUAGCUCCAGAAUAUUUUAUGCAUGGAAGGGUCAGUGACAAAGUUGAUGUAUACUCUUUUGGAAUAGUUCUGCUAGAAUUGUUAACGGGAAAGAAGCCGAUUAUCUCAAAAAGUGUAGAAGGACAGGAAAGCUUGGUCAUGUGGGCAAUGCCAUUACUGGAGAGUGGGAAGCUUGAAGCCUUAGUGGAUCCGAUGUUAUUUGGGGAGUUUGACACUGUUCAAAUGCAGAGGAUGGUUCUUGCAGCAACCUUCUGCAUCAAACAAUCGCCCAGAUUACGACCAAAAGCGAGCCAGAUAUUAAACCUGUUAAGGGAGGAGAAAGAAGUAAGAGAAUGGAUCAAAGACUAUGUUGACGAUCUACUGCAGUCAAGUUAUGAGGAAAUUGAUGAAUUUUCCCCAGAAUUUGAUCAAAAGCUACCAAGGUCAGAUUCUUCAUUUCUGGGUUUGGAUGAAGAUGAUGAUUCAUCGAUAAGGAGUGCAGAACAGAGGCAAUUGAAAGAUUACUUGAAAGAACAGCAAGAUUAAUCACCAUUAAACUUUUUGUUUAAAUAUAGCUUGACUUAUUUCUUAUUGCUCUCCGAAAGCUUUGGCACUUAGGUGGCCAGAGGGAAGCAGUUGAACAACAAGAAUUUUGAUUGUACAUAGCAAUCCUUGGUUAAAGAAUUACAGACAAAGGAAAUGUGUAAAGCUGGACUACUCCACCCGUUGUUUGAGCCUUUGCUUCAA